UUAGAACAAAGUAAAUGAGAAAACUGAACAGCUUGGACCGACCGGAAAUCGAAACCCACCAAAUAAGACGGUUCGGUUUUCCUACGUUGUCUUAAUCCUCUUCUCGCCCAUGUUCGCUGAUAAAACACAAAAUCCUGAAACACUGUUCCUCCUCUUAACCUCCAGCUACCCCAAACUGGAGACUUUCUCACUUUCACUUCUUCCAAAGUAUAUCAAAUAAUUGGAGACGGUUUCAAUGUUGUCGCUUUCCAACGCUACUCUCUCCACUCUGUUCCUCGGUCACAAAAUUCAUCAAAAUCAGAUUACGAAGGAUGGGAUAACGUAUUUCCCCCUUUGUAGAAGGCAUAAAAUCCCUAGAUGUGCUGUGGAUAUGCCUUAUGGAGGUAAUGCCCCAACUUUUCCUCGAAUAAGAGUUUGGGAUCCAUAUAAACGGCUUGGUAUUAGUCCUUAUGCUUCAGAGGAAGAAAUUUGGUCAGCCCGCAAUUUUCUCUUGCAACAAUAUGGUGGACAUGAGAGAAGUGAAGAAUCAAUUGAAGCUGCAUUUGAGAAACUACUUAUGGCCAGCUUCCAGAAUAGAAAGAAAGCAAAGAUUAAUUUGAAAAGUCGGCUAAAGAAGAAAGUAGAGGAGUCUCCGCCUUGGAUUAAAAACUUACUCAAUUUUGUGGAACUUCCUCCUGUGGAAGUAAUUUUCCGAAGAUUGUUCUUAUUUGCAUUCAUGGGUGGCUGGAGUAUAAUGAAUUCUUCAGAGGGUGGGCCUGCCUUCCAGGUAGCAGUGUCUUUGGCAGCCUGCAUAUAUUUCCUUAAUGAAAAAACAAAGAGCUUGGCUCGAGCUUUCAUUAUUGGACUCGGCGCUCUUGCUACUGGGUGGAUAUGUGGUUCCAUCUUUGUUCCAAUGAUUCCAACAGUUCUAAUUCACCCAACAUGGACACUCGAAUUGUUAACAUCAUUAGUAGCAUAUGUUUUCCUCUUUCUUGCUUGUACUUUUCUCAAAUGAAGUCCAACCAUAUGUUCGUUUUGCGAAGUUUUAAAACUAGAUUGGAACUUUUUUUCCCCUUCUAUCUCCACACAAGAAUUGUGGGUCAGCCAAUUAUUUUCUCCUACAUAAAUCCUAAAUUCUGCCUUUUUUCCACUUGAAGUAUUUA